AUUAUUCUGCCCGCACAACGGGACACGUCAUGCCGCCUCCGCCUCCGAAUGCCGAUAACAUGACUAUAUGAGUAUUGAGUAUAUGACGGAGUGCGGACUACAACGGACCAGACCAUUAGACAGAGUCAGUUCGGGUGCAAGUGGUGUUGUACAACCGGACGUGCGUCAGUGACGCACGGCACCGUUGCGGUAUCGCGCGAAACGUUCCGCACCAUACGACGGCCGACCGAAAACCUUGGAUAUUUUUUCAUUUCCGUGUCGAAUGAUAAUAAUAAUUGCCCACUUCCUCUUUUGUAGUUUUGCACAUUCUCUCACUCUAACUCACUGAUAACGAUACGCGUUUCUCCGUAGCCCAGACUAGUACAGACACAAUACAUAAUAAUAAUAAUAGUAAUAAUAAUAACGAAAAAUAAUAAUACCUAAUAAUUAUUAAUUUCUCGCGACGAUGUUGAUGUGUAAAUGAAACGGUGCGGGCCGUGCUCGAGUCGUCGCCGAUCGAAUUUUCUCCGAUUUCGUUGUUUUCACAGUUCGCGUUGGCGGUCCUCGCGUAAAAUCGCCACCAUGGUAGUCUGGUGUUCAGGUAACUGUAGCUGAGUGUAGAAAGUGCGACACGAACAACUUUUGUGUCGACUCCUUUGGCGGCCGAUCGACGACCGACGUUACAUCUCGCCGUGUCGUCGGACGAUAUAAUGUAUAUGCCGGGCCAGUGACGCCGGUCCGGUGACCGUCACUAGCCGUGAUCCAUCGCUCGGUACCCGUAACUAUUGAUGUGUUUGCACGUCAUGAUGUCAUCGAGCACGAACCGAAUGAUACAGCCUAGGAACCUGGCUUCGAUAUUGAUGAAAUUACAUGGUGCAUUUGCUGAAGCCAUUACAUCACCAAAAGCGUCCAUCGAUAAGCGCACGCUAGAGAAGACAUGGAAACUGAUGGACAAGGUUGUGAAACUGUGUCAACAUUCCAAGAUGAACCUGAAGAACUCACCACCGUUUAUACUCGAUAUACUACCAGACACCUAUCAGCGGCUCAGGUUCAUUUAUACACAGUAUGAGAAUGACCUUUCUGAGCUGUACAACAAUGAGCAUUUCAAUGUUUUCAUUUUGAAUGUGAUACGAAAAUGCAAACAAGCCAUCAAAUUAUUCAAAGAAGGCAAGGAGAAAAUGUAUGAUGAAAAUUCACAUUAUAGGAGAAAUUUGACCAAAUUGAGUUUAGUGUUCAGCCAUAUGCUCAGUGAGCUCAAAGCAUUAUUUCCAAAUCAUAGAUUUGCUGGUGAUAAAUUUAGGAUAACCAAAAGUGAUGCUGCAGAAUUUUGGAGAUCUAACUUUGGAAUGAGCACUGUAGUUCCUUGGAAACUAUUUCGUAGUGCCCUUCAUGACGUCCAUCCAAUUGUCAGUGGAUUGGAAGCAAUGGCGCUCAAAUCAACAAUAGAUUUAACAUGUAAUGAUUACAUAUCAAAUUUCGAGUUUGAUGUUUUUACCAGAUUGUUUCAACCUUGGCCAACUUUAUUGAGAAAUUGGAAGAUAUUAGCUGUUACGCAUCCAGGAUAUGUCGCAUUUUUAACAUACGAUGAAGUUAAAGCUCGUCUAGAAAAAUUUAUCACCCGACCAGGGAGUUAUGUAUUCCGUCUAAGCUGCACACGGCUAGGGCAGUGGGCUAUUGGUUACGUGACAACAGAGGGUGAAAUAUUACAGACCAUUCCUCAAAAUAAAUCUUUAUGUCAAGCAUUAUUAGAUGGUGCACGUGAAGGAUUUUAUCUCUAUCCGGAUGGACAAAAAGGAAAUCCAGAUCUAUCAAAUGCAGUUGAACAAAGUCCGGAAAAUCAUAUCAGAGUUACUCACGAGCAAUACGAAAUGUACUGUGAAAUGGGAUCCACUUUCCAGAUAUGUAAAAUAUGUACAGAAAACGACAAGGAUGUUCGUAUCGAGCCAUGCGGUCAUCUUUUAUGCACACCGUGUUUAAACUCUUGGAUGGAAUCCGAUGGCCAAGGUUGUCCAUAUUGUCGGGCCGAGAUCAAAGGUACUGAACAUGUUGUAGUGGACCCAUUUGACCCGAAGAGAGUAAAAUAUAAAAGUGUUCCCAUCAUGCCCAUCGUAGUCCAACAUUCUGAAGAUGAAGAAGAUGAUGAAGAUGACGAGUUGGUAAAAUAACACACAGUGUCGUCGUCAUCGGCGACAUAUUUCCAGAAAGGAAAGUAAUAAUAGUAAUAAAUAAUAAUUAAAGAAAAAGGUCGUUAAGACUAUUUUACUGUGAUAUCACUCUGUAGACAUUUUUCAAUAUGUCUGCAUUGAAUAUUUCGAUUUAAAUAUAGCGUAACAAAAUUCC